UUGAGCAAUCUUCACAAAACGCUCAUGCAGUUGAAUGAAACGUGUCACUGAAAUCCGCGCAUGGCAGCUGUUAGGUUUCGUUUUCUGUGAACGGAGCUGCAAAGUGAAACUGAUCCUGUGAAGCUGCUGUGGAUGUGACGUUUACUGGGAAACGAGAGACGAACGACUCACGCAGACAGGCGAUUUAAAAAACACAAGCAACGUUCGAGUCCUGUGGAGAAGAAGUGAAGCCCGACCUCAUGUUGUCCGGGAUGUACAGGUUGUAUUCGUCAUUUAUAGGUCGGGACCGUGAGUACGGAAUGAGAGGUCUCGCCAACUACAAUCUGUCCUGCUGCGUCAACACCUUGCUGCAGACCCUCUCUGCGACCUGGGAGGUAUCAGACCUGCUGGAACAGUGGGAAUCAGCUGGUGUGAGAGGGGACAUUCAUAACGUCCCCCUGCAGUUGAAGAGAGUUCUCGCAGCCAUGAGGAGCGACCUCCCGCAGCACGUUCCCCAUCGAGACUUCCUUCACUGUCUGGACAGAAACCGUGUUCGACUUAGUGUACAGCAUGACGGCGAUGAAGUCUUCCUCUCCAUCCUGAACUUCAUACAGCAACAGAUGGACAACAAAGCGCUGGCUCUUGAAAUCCAGGAUCUGUACAAGGUUUCUGUGGAGACUCACCUGCAGUGUUUGGUGUGCAGCUCCGUCCAGACUCAGACCAGCUUCCUGCUCAACCUGCCUCUGCAUGUGAAGGAAGAUCACGACUCUCUGGAAGGUUGCAUAUCGUCCUUCCUAGAGGAUCAGGAGUUAAGGGGCAGAAAUAGCUGCUUUUGUCCACAAUGUGGAAGCAAGACUCCGUCUAAACGGGGUGUCAAACUGAUCUCCUUGCCUCGUAUCUUGUGCGUGCACCUGAAGCGGUUUCGGAACAGCAAUGGUUACAUCAGAAAACUUGAUUGCAGGGUGACCUUUCCAGAGACCUUUGACAUCUCUCAGACCGUUGGAGAUGGAUUCUCCGCAGACUUUGCCCAGAAUGAGUGCAACUACACUUUGUAUGCCGUGGUAGUGCACUCUGGUGGUGCAGCGUUCGGGCACUACACUGCCUAUGUUCGUCAUAGGGUGAGCCAGCUCUGGUACUAUGCAGACGACAGCCACAUCGAGCAGGUCUCCUGGGAACAAGUGCAGAGAGCAUAUGGAAGAUCUCAUGGCGACACAGCAUACAUGUUAAUGUACAGAAGAGGUUCAAAAGAGGAAGGACGACAACCUGACUUCUCCGGAUGAGUGUGAGACGAGGUUCAAUAUUGGUCUGAGAUGGAAAGUACAUGAAUUUAAUGAAUUAAAUACUUAUUUGCUUCAAAUAAUUAUUGUAAAAUAGCGACUGAUUAAAUGUUUUGUGUGACCUCAGAAAUACUGCAGGUACUGUGUAUUUUACACCAGCAUCGUAAUUUCUGCCAGACAACAGUAGGUGGCGUUCAAGACUUGAAACACUCUUGGGUUUUCCACUCAGACCACACACAAUGUGAACGUGCUCACUGAUACUGGGGGGGUGGUUUGAAGAGAAUGCUUAGCUUAGAUGUUCACUGUUUGAGGGGAAAUACCUGCAAUAGGGCUCAGUGCUCAUUUUCACACUGCGGUUAAAUGUGUGAGUCACUCAUGAAGAACAAUGAAGUGAUUCUGUCUGAUUUGAAAAAACAUCAACAACAAAAAAAUCAAAUCAACAUCUGACUAUUUAUUGUAUUUUAUCACUACCUCUAACUAUCUAUAUUCCUUUUACCUGCUAUUACAAAACCAAUUUUAACACCUUCAUCUUUUUGUCUUUUGGCGACGCACCAACACCAGCACAUCUCUCAACCACCUGAGCUCAGAAUGUAUGCACUUUAGAUCUGUAUGUAUUUGUUUAUAAAAUGCAUUGCAGAGACCAUCUCACAAUGAAAGGAGUUUAAACGUUGCAGUUGUAACCACAGCGAUUGAGUGCUCGGUAUAGGCUGUCAGCACAGCCUCUAAAGUUCCCACUCGUUUGGCCAGGAUUCAGGGGGACCGUGUGAAAUGGUGCCUAUGUGCUGCAGAGCUCUGACAGAAUGGAACAUGCCUGCACAGUGCCACAGGCAGCAGGCCCCGUGCUUAGUCAUCUCACUGCCAUGUAGCAUAGGAGCUGCUUUCUGCAUAGGUGUUAUCUUCCUCCCACAUUGAGACUAAAGACCCGGACUAGAUAUGUGUGUUAUGUGUCUAGACUUGAGGCAGUGUCAGAGAUGUGGUUUGGUGUUUUGAAUUGUGUUUGUGGCGUGACAUUACAUUUUCUGACUUGUGUGACGCUGG